AUGUCGGUGCAGCCACGGGAUGAAAGCGGAGAGUCAAAGAGUUAUACAAUUCUACGUGUGCACAGAUAUGACUCGAGCACACAGGCCGCGACGCAGAAACGUAUCAUCGAGAUUGGUGAUUAUCAGGCCAUCCAAAACCAAAAGUUGGAUUUAAUCAGGUCCCUCUUGGUUAGCGAGGGGGUCUUCGAUUCUCCAGAUGUUGGAAGCCCAUUUUGCGACGAGAAGGGGUCUGAACUGUCCGACACAACCAACCUGAAGGUGUACUUCAACGUCGUUGGAGCCGAUGCACCAAAGGAUGAGGAAUCCUCGGAAAGUGCAGGUCGUGAUUUAAAUGUAUACUAUAAGAAGAAGAGGACGCGCACGGAGCUAGACGACGAAACGAAAGAUUUCCUGAAGAAGCAACUAGACCUGAACCUAAAGGACCAGGAACUGUCCGAGGCCGACGUUAAACGGCUUAAAUCUACAUUCGAUUUAAGUCAGUGGAAAGCAACGGCAGGAGCCAAGCAAAGCCAUGCUGCCGAUCUCAGUGAAUCGGAGUGGAGUAUCAUUACUCGCACGAACUGUCUUCUCAGUGGCCACAAAAUGGUGGUAUACCGGAAAAGGCAGCCUGAUGGCAAGACUACCCAAGAAAUGAGAGUUGAGCGCAGCCCCUACAGCGCUUUCAGACUGAAGAAAAGAGAUUUCGAGCCGUAUGAAAUAUCGGCAAAUCGCAAAGCAGCAGGUGUCAGUUAUGGAACACCAACGGCUGCUACAACAUCGAAGCUUGCAUUCAGGAUCCCUCGGUUCCGAGUCGAUGACAACUCACAAGUGAGCGUUUAUGAGACGCAGAACGCUCUUGAAACUUCACUUGCAAAGAGCGCAUUUUCUGAGACGUCAGUAGAAGCGUCUGCCGGCGGUGGCUUCUGGGGUGUAUCGGCCGCAGUUAGCGCUGGAUUUUCUCAUAAAGAUGAAACCCAAUCAGUUACUGCAAAGUCUGAAGAGAAGAAGGUGAUGAAUAUUGUUUACAAGUUUCCACGUGUCACGUUGUACCUUGACCCGGGCUCUCUUGAGGUCACUGAUGAAUGUGAUAUAUUUUCCCAGCGCGCCCAGCUAGGCGGUUCUCUCUUCGCAAGCGAAGACAGCACAGCUGUUAGUAACCAGACCAAGGAGAGUAAAGCUAAGGCAAUGAAAGCCUCCGCUGCUGCCUCCUUCUCAUCAGCAUUUGCGCAGGCGUCCGCCAGCGCAAGCCACAGCAACGGAUCGAGCUCUGGUGAAAAUAAAUCAAAUCAGGACCUCACGAACUCAAUGGCCUGGGAGGCGAUCGGUGGUGACUCUUUGCUAUGUAACAACCCUCCAGCGUGGUGUGCUACCGUUGGUGACUUCUACAACUGGAGGGUGAUUGAGCAAAACGGUGUCCUCCCACUUUACAAGGUGCUGAGUUUAUUCGACGGUUUUGACGGUAUUCAGCAUCGAUUCGAGGCCAGCGCACAAGACAAAUACCAACCGAAUCGAUGGGUCACGUUUAAAUUUGAGCUUUUCGAUAGAGCUACACAGAACCCUCUGGCAGUGUACAAAGGCGACGAUAAGUCACUCCGGAAGCACUUGAGUACCGAAUUCAGGAAAUUAGCGGACGGUGUCGCCGCGCCAUUUGACAAAUAUAAAAAGGAUACCUUAGCGAAGGUGGCCCAAUGGGAUAGCACUCUACGCUGUGAUGACACCAAAGGUGGCUCACAGGUCUGGAUGAUGCGACAUAAUCUCUCUCGAGGUCAAGAUUCGCAUCUGCCGGGUAACACUAAAUCUAUGCUGCAAAAUGUCAACAUAGACAAUAAUCGCCUCUAUGUGGCCUUUACAGACCCCUUUCCCGGUUAUUACAACCAGAGAUACCUAUACCCCAGCGACUCUUGGUAUGCGGGGAGGAAUUUCUGCUUGGAGCCAUUUGAAAGUAACCAUGCUACAAUCGAAGAAGGCACAGAGGUUUGGUUAAAAGCUACUCAUGACAACCGUUACCUUGCUAAGGCGGAGUCCGGACUAGUAACACUUCGAGAUUGGGACGUUGCCAAGGCUAACGAGUUCUUGGUCUUCCAAGUGCGAAAUAUAAAGAUGGAAUCAGAGUGA